CUAGCAUUUUCCUUCAGGAAAAAAAGACACAGAAGUGACAUUCCAAAGCCUUAACAGUGACUCAGUUCAUAGCAGAGACACCGUACACUGGUUUACUUCUUGUCCAUUCAGCACUUUUACAUUAUUGUGCUUCUGGAUCUUCUAUAAAUGACUUUUCACCAAAUCUGAGGCUGAGCUCUGAGGGGAACACCCACCAGCACUCACCUGAGCUGACUGUCCUCUAUUCUUACAUUUCACUGAGAGAUGUCUGAGCAGAGUGGCCGCCUGGCCUUUCAGCCACAGAGGAACUGAAGAAGUAAGGAUUAGCUCAGAGAUCUUCUGAAGAAUGUUGAUGUUUCUGCUUCACAGUGCUGAAAGCUGGUCUGUUCUGUAGCUUACUCAGUCUGUAGCUGACAUCCUCUGACCGUCUCAGUGCUGAGGGUCAUGGCUUCCCCCAGUAAGUCGGCUGCUGUCUUGAAUCCUGCCUUUAAACUUUCCCGGACCAAAAGCAAGAAAAAGCACUUUGUGCAGCAGAAGGUGGAGGUGCUGAGAGCGAGCGACCCGGUCCUGAGUGUCUUUAUGUGGGGGAUAAAUCACACGGUGAAUGACCUCUCUCAGGUGCCAGUACCCGUCAUGCUGCUUCCAGAUGAUUUCAAAGCCAGCAGCAAGAUCAAGGUCAACAAUCACCUGUUCAACAAGGAAAACCUUCCAGGACACUUUAAGUUCAAGGAGUACUGCCCGCAGGUGUUUCGCAACCUCCGAGAACGGUUUGGAAUUGAGGACCACGACUACCAGGUCUCUUUGGCCCGCAGUCCCCCCAUUAAGGACAGCAACAGUCAGGAAGACAGGCUGCUGCUGACCUCAUAUGACCACACGUUGAUUAUUAAGCAGAUCUCCAGCGAAGAAGUGGAGGAUAUGCAUCACAUCCUGUCAGAGUACCACCAGCACAUCGUGACAUGCCACGGCAUCACGCUGCUCCCCCAGUUCCUCGGCAUGUAUCGUGUUACUGUGGAUAAUGAAGACACAUACCUCACUGUGACGAGGAACAUGUUCAGUCACAGGCUGAUCAUCCACAGGAAGUAUGACCUGAAGGGCUCUUUGGUAUCUCGAGAAGCAAGUGAUAAAGAGAAGGUCAAGGAACUCCCCACCUUCAAAGACAUGGACUUCAGGAAUAACAUGCAGAGAAUUUGGAUCAGUGAUGAGGAGAAGGAGAAGCUCAUGGACAAGCUGAACAGAGACGUAGAGUUCCUUGUGCGUUUAAAGAUCAUGGACUACAGCCUGCUGUUAGGGAUCCAUGACAUGGAGAGAGCAGAGCGAGAGGAGGAGGAGGACUACGGAGAGCCGCUGUGUGAGGAGGAAGAAGAGCCGGAGAACGGUGUCUCCACCGGUUCUCCAGCUGUAGGCUCUCUCAGCACCUCACCUGAGGGAAUCGCAGGCUACAUGAGCAGCCAGAAGCCUUUUGGUCCAGGAGAGUUUGACCCGUAUGUUGAUGUGUACGCCAUCCAGAGUGCAGCUGGUGCUCCACAGCGAGAGGUAUACUUUAUGGGGCUGAUAAACAUUCUGACGCAUUAUGACACCAAGAAGAAAGCAGCUCACGCAGCAAAAACAGUCAAACACGGGUCUGGUGCAGAGAUCUCCACAGUACACCCUGAGCAGUACGGCAAGAGGUUCCUGGAGUUCAUCGGCAACAUCAUCGCUUACUGAACCCAUUUCAUUCUCAUUAAUGAAGAAAAGAUCACCUUCAUGCUUUUCUGUAGCCUUUAUCAGAUUCUGCUGUUCAUGUAAAUUGUGUAUGUUGCUGUUAACAAUUUCACUCUUAAAAAUAAAAGAU